CCUAUCCCUCCUGCCCACCACCCGCUGCCACCCCCACUCCACCCACGACCAAACUACCUCCGGCCCGCUCCCCCUGGCGGCGCCGACCCCACCCGCUCCGGCCACACCUCUCGUGACUCGCCCCACUUGCCUCUCUCCCAGCUCCGGCGGACGGGCGGGAGGUCGGACCCAUCCGCCGCCGUGCCGCCCAACCCCUGUCAACCUUCUACCGCGGCCGCCGUCGGAGCACCACUCCAAGUCGCCGCCGUGCCGCCUCACCCUCCACCCACCUUCCACCGGCGCUGUCGCGCGUCGUCCCGCCCGCCCUUCUUCGCAUCACAAGCCGGCCUCCCCAACCACGGCAAUCCCCACCACCAUCGCUGGAUUCGAUUGCCUCCGGAUCCAGCAGCCCUGCACCCCUCGGCCUUCCCUCUGCACGCCGUCGAUCUCCCCUGGAGUACCCAGAUUUCGAGAUCACCGCGUCGCCAUGAAUCCCCCCGGAUCUAGGUGGCGGAUGUCCCCGUCGGCCUCCUCUUGUCUGUCCUCCACGAGGUCGCUGGCCUGCUCUUCUCAGCCCGACUCAAAGUUCGUCAGGCCCGGCUCGUCCACCGUUGACCUCUUCUUCUACAUUGGCAGGGGGUAUAGUCAUGAAGGGGGAGCACCACAUCUCAGAUCCACUAGGCGGCACCGCCGUGGCCCUUCGUCGCGUGCUCGGAUCCAGCCGGGCUUUCUCAUUGCUGUGAGCGGAGGACCCCGGGCAGAGGACCACUUGACGUGGCCCAUGCAGCGACGAGCGGGGCGGGCUCCAUUCCUCUCCCGGCCGAGACCGUGCUCCUCUCGGGACACAGCGACCUCCAGCACGCGACACCACCACCCCUCCCUUCCUACAGAGCUUGCAUCUCGCCGGCGUGUGGGUGUGCAGCUCAUAGGAAAAGGCGUUGAGCCACUGGUGCAGUUCGCCAGGGAUCUCCAAAUUGUUCGGUUGCCCUCUGCUCGUGGGUCGUCCGAUGGUGCUCUUGUGGAAUAACACAUAGUUCUCCGUUGCCUACCACAUAUAUGUUCGUUUUGGGGAGCGGUACGUUCUUUGUGGACGUGCACUUCGUUCGGCACCGAGCGGCUUGAAGCUCAUUUUGCACGCGCGUGCAGCUCUGCUACCUAUUUCGUGCAGUUCUUUUUCUAAUUCAAUUUGUUUUGUUUGUGGGACGAUUGAAAAUUUAAGUUCAAUCCAUUUAUGUAGCAGCUCAUUACCCCUCUGUUUGAAGUGCAAUUUGUUUUGUGUGUCUCAAAAUUCAGUCAACUACAUCAACACUUGCAAUGCA